AUGGCAAGUUAUGGAGCGGGAUCUGGCGAACCACGGAGGAAGGUACCACUCAAGGUCACCGAUACUCAGGAGGAGCCAUUCCAAUCUAUCAAUACACGCUUCACAACCCCUCCUUUCGCACCAUGGCAAGCCAAAUCCGCAAAAUGCCAGACCAGAGAAAACGACACCCUUCAAACCAUCCUCAAGAAGAUACUUUCUGUCCAAUCUGUUGUUUCGACCUCAUCCUCCCCCGCCCAGACAAAUCAAGACCCAUCGUCGGAUCUCUCUCUCCAACUCUUUUCCAACAUUGGGUUUGGAAGCUGCGAUGUGGUCUUUGCCCAACUGGGAACUGUCCACGUUGCAAAACGAGAAAACGACGAGGGCUCGCAGUCUGCUGCGCUCUGGAACGACUUUCGAGUCCGUACGAAAGCCGAGCAGGGUUUCAAGGUUGCGAGCCUCUCCUCUUUCUCAACAGUUUAUAUUCCCUGGCCUCUCUCCUGCGUUAGCCACAUGGAUACUGCUUGGUGGCUGUUCAACGCUCAUCAUGGAUUCCUAUCUGGACAUUAUCCUAUCUGGACAUUAGACUCUUCACAACUUGCUGAUGUCCGCAAGGAUCACGCCCUGGCCAGAAAUCAUCCGCGAAUCACUGACCUUUACUGUCCAGAGCAUAUGAAGGAAUCUCAUUUAGCUAGCCCUAGGAACAACGAUUGCCUGGAAAAAAAACCAAUCCAGAGCAGGAGUGUGAACGCGAAGACGACAGCAGAAUAA